AUGGCACCACCUACAAAAUCCGCGGCGGAAGCAACACAGAACAACGAUGCGGCCAUCAAAAGUUUGCAGCGGGAGAUUCUUCCAUCGAAUAACUUGUGGAUCGGUAAUUUGUCACCAAAUGUGACAGAUUUUGAGUUAAAGCAUCUGUUUGCCGCUCAUGGAGAAGUGAUCGGCAUUAAUUUAUUCCCUCCCCGUCGUUAUGCCUUUGUGCACUUCAAGGAAACCGAGGGCGCGACCUUGGCAAGGCAUGGUCUGCAAGGCUAUGUUCUUCACGGGAAGCCUCUCGUGAUUAAUUUCGCUAAACCGGCUAAACUGUCCAAUAUCUUAUGGGUGGGUGGAAUCAACCAAUGUGUUAGCAAAGAAGAAUUACAGAAAGAGUUCGUCAAGUUCGGCCAAAUCAAAAAAUUUAGAUAUCUCAGGGACCAACACAUCGCAUACAUUUAUUACAUGAGCGUAGAAGAAGCUGCUGAAGCACUGAAAAGUAUGAAUGGGAAACCAAUUAGUGGUGAUAAAAUACACGUGGAUUUUCUCAAGUCACAGUCUCCGAGAGAAUCAGAGCAGGGUGCAGGUCCAAGGGAAGGACAGCUUCGCCAAAGGAACUUGGUGCCUUCUGGGAUUCAGUGGACGGCAGAACAUUCCUUGACAAAUUAUCCAGACUCCAGUCUUGCUGGGGCUAAAAACCAAAAUCAAUCCCUUCACAUAGGCUCUCAAGAAGGUGGCUCACAGUGUAGUAAAGUGUUACUGAUAAGAUAUCCUCCUCCUCUUGUCAUAGAAAAACACAUGCUUCAUGGUGCAUUGUCCCAAACAGAGGAAGAAGCUUCAUGUGCUAGAGAGUGUUUACAAGGGAAACUUUUUAAUGAUCCAAGGAUUUCAAUUGAGUUCUCCAGUAGUGAGCCUGGCCGGAGAGCACGGUUAAGUGAAUGUCCAUAUCCACCCGUUCAGACGGACAUGCUAGACCUUGACCGCCCAGUUUUAGCAUCGUUUGGACCUCAUCGUCCUGAUGUAGUCACGAGACCAAUCACCGCUCCGCGUGUUACGUUUGGACCGGUGGUUCCAGGCCCCGGUCACCAAACUCCUGCUGGAGAUCCAAAUUUGAGAAGGCUAUCAUCUGCACCUGGAAUGAUCUCUUUUUCUUCUCCAGGUUUUAGUAUUCCGGACAAACGUGUAUCUGGUGCUUGGGAUGGUUUUCAUUCUAAUGAGCUUCACAGAGAGUCUAAAAGAUCAAGAUUUGAUGCUCCUUUGUCUGCUGAGAUAAUGAAAACUGAAGGUGAGAAUUAUCUUACCACACUAAGCGUCACAACCGGUGCAGUCGGGCAUCAUAGUGAUUGCAUAUGGAGGGGCAUUGUUGCAAAGGGUGGAUUGCCUGUUUGUCGUGCUCGCUGUGUUGCUAUAGGAGAACGGAUAGAUACUCAUCUGCCUAAUGUAGUUAAUUGCUCUGGACGGAUCAGACUGGACGUGUUGAGUAAAAAAUACGCUAGUGCUAUUGGGUUCAAUCUACUUCUGUUCUUGCCUGAUGGCGAAGAGGAUUUUGCUUCAUACACGGAGUUCCUGAGCUAUCUGAUUGCCAAAGACCGGGCUGGAGUGGCAAAGUUAGAUGAUGGUACCAUGUUGUUUUUGGUCCCUCCAUCUAAUUUUCUAUCGAAGGUUCUUGAUGCUUCUGCACCCUUACGCCUGCACGGAUUAGUGCUAAAGUUUUCUGAACCAGCGUCCAACAGCAGAUCCAUGAGUGCAUUGCCAAUUCAGCCUCAGUAUGGGGACACACACAAAGAGACUUACUUGCAAACAGGAUAUAAUGUUGUGUAUCCGGAACAAAGGCCAUUGCCGGUUACUUAUUCUGGGGUUUUGCCCAAGGUUUCAAUAUCACCACCAGAAGCGCCUCGUCUUCUAAGUAGCUCUUUACAGGGGCACUCCGUUGCACCACCUGAUGUUAACAUUUUUGGGGGUGAGGCAAUAGAUCAUCAUGGAACUGAUGCUUCAAAGUUUGCUAGUUCAUCGAAUAUCCAGCAAGAAGCAUGUCGUGUGCCAUUAGCCAAUCAGUCUAAUGUCAAUGAUGUGUCUAAACCGUUGCCUUCUGAAGUGGAGUGCAAACAUCAGAAUCAACAGUUUCAGACUGCUGUAAAUCGGGAAGUCCAUGAAAGAACUGAAACAGAGGCUGAGAAAAAUGAGCGGUAUAGGAAACUAUUGUCGUUUGCAGCCAAUCUCCUUUCCCGAGUACGCCAACAACGUGACAGUCCACCCGAGAAUGGUACGAGAGUCGAUGAAAGUGCACCCUCAUCAGGCAACUAG